UAUUAGUAAUUACUUUAAAGCAAUUAACAAUUUAUUGCCCUCUUUACUUCAGUUCACUCUUGUUAAUGCAUUUUUUCAUCUGUUUGCAAAAAUACAGCAUUGAUGCAGCGAGAGAGGAUGACUCAAUGGGAAGACUUGUUAAUGAUGAUCAUAUCAACCCAAACUGCAAAAUGAAACGAGUGAUGGUGGAAGGAAAGCCCCAUUUAUGCCUCUUUGCGGUCAGAGACAUACCACCUGGAGAAGAGGUCACAUAUAAUUAUGGAAAUGGUGACUGGCCUUGGAGGAAUGAGGUGCAUAAGAGCAGCAAAAGCUCAGAGGGAAGAGCAGGCGGAGGUUCUACUCCUGCGCUGCUGUUGGACGCUGAGUCUGUGAUGGUGUUGGAGGAAGCCUACACUCCGUCUUGGGAGCGGACAGAUGAAAUGUCUAUUGCACACAGUACUGAACACCUUUCACAGCAGGCAUCUGCACACACCACUCAGGUGCAGAAAAGCAGUGGAGUCAGCAGUGAAAGCUCAGAGGGAAGACCAAGCAGAGCCUCUACUCCUGCGCUGCUUUUGGACGCUGAGUCUGUGAUGGUGUUGGAGGAAGCCUACACUCCGUCUUGGGAGCGGACAGAUGAAAUGUCUAUUGCACACAGUACUGAACACCUUUCACAGCAGGCAUCUGCACACACCACUCAGGUGCAGAAAAGCAGUGGAGUCAGCAGUGAAAGCUCAGAGGGAAGACCAAGCAGAGCCUCUACUCCUGCGCUGCUUUUGGACGCUGAGUCUGUGAUGGUGUUGGAGGAAGCCUACACUCCGUCUUGGGAGCGGACAGAUGAAAUGUCUAUUGCACACAGUACUGAACACCUUUCACAGCAGGCAUCUGCACACACCACUCAGGUGCAGAAAAGCAGUGGAGUCAGCAGUGAAAGCUCAGAGGGAAGACCAAGCAGAGCCUCUACUCCUGCGCUGCUUUUGGACGCUGUGUCUGUGAUGGUGUUGGAGGAAGCCUACACUCCGUCUUGGGAGCGGACAGAUGAAAUGUCUAUUGCACACAGUACUGAACACCUUUCACAGCAGGCAUCUGCACACACCACUCAGGUGCAAGAAAACAGGAUUUCAGUCUCUGAUUCACUUAGCUUUGAAAAGGAAGAAAGAGUGCGUUCUACCGUUCCAAAAUUACUUGGAACUGAAAGUGUCAUUCAUGAUGAGACCAUACUUGCUGUCCGUGAUGACCGCUCCAUCAGUAGCAUUGAAAACAGUGAGGAUGAAUAUGUACCCGACUCUGCAGAUGAGAGUAGUUCAGAUGACAGUACCUGCACCCAUGAGAGAUCACCAGAAUGCAGACCCCCACCACAGCAAGACUCAGCCGUAAUCAAUGUGUCCUCCCUUCCUGAAGAAUGUGGACCCCGACCACAGCAAGACUCAGCUGUAACCAGUGUGUCCUCCAGUUCUGAAGGACGAAAGGCGGUGAAAAAGAAAAAAUGGGAAGACACUGAGGUUAAAGCAGUUGAAAAACACCUGGGAAAGUUCAUUAGAACUCAAAAAGUGCCAGGAAAGUGGGACUGUGAGGCGUGCAUCUGUGCGGAGCCCCAUGCUCUGAGAGACAGAGACUGGUUCUCGGUUAAGUUUUUUGUAAAGAACCGGAUCGCUGCUCUAAAGAGGAAACUUUAA